CGGCCGUGUCCCUGAGCGCAGCGAAGAAGAAGCAGCUCUAACAAUAACCUGCGUGGAUCAACAGGUGGUAGCAUUAAUCUUUUUUUUUCUCUCCUUCCUCCGCUUUAAGUCGCUUUAAAGGCGGACCCCGCAGCAUAAGCCCCGAGCCUCCACCGUGAUCGGACCCGCGGAGCUCUCAGUGCCGGCAGAUGGCCUCCCGUUAGCGGGUCCGAUCCGCUCGGACUAACGGCUAACGGCUGCUCCAUCCCGGAGAACCCCGAAAAGCUGUCCGUGAGGAGGAAACGCAUCAAAGACUACCUGCGCAGGUGUUCCAGAUGAUCUGCACUUACCGCAGGAGGGAGGAGAGGAGGAAGGAGGUGGGCUGUCAGUGGGAGAGCCCCGAGGAGCACACGAAGGAGGUGGGCUGUCAGAGCGACGCCGCGGAGAGGAGGGACGCCGCCGUGCAGGUGGACCUGCAGACUCAGCAGCUCAGCUGGAGACACUCAGGUGUUCCCUGGCAGUGUGGCGCUGUCAGAGCAGGUGAACCAGGAGGGGGCGCUCUGCUGCAGCUCUGCGGCACCCAUACAUCAUGCGGCAAGCAGCACGUCAGCCACCCGCUGCUACACGCCACCAACAGCCCCGCCCUCUACCUCCUGUGCCCCGCCUUGCUGCCCACGGUGGUCUCAGAGCACGUGGAAACCAGCCUCCACCCUUGGUCCUCCCCGUCACCCAGCGCGCCUGUCCUGACGCCUGCAGGCGGCUCAGCUGCUCCUCCCGGACUCAUCGCUCCGCUGAGCCCCCGGCUGGCUGAGGAAGAGGAGGAGGACUUACCAAAAGAUGAUAACGAGGAGUGCUUCUGCUCCAACCAGGCAGCAUUAAAAGAAAGGAAGAUGGAAAAGGAAGAAGAGCAGAGGAGGAGGAGACCUAAUGGUAGUAAAAGAGAAACGUUGUCAGCAGAACUGACCAAUCACAUUGCAGGAAAAGUUGAGCCCAGUAGGAGGAGGAAACAAAAGAUGAAGCUUCUGAAGGAGGAUGAGGAGUUCCAGGCCAGCAAACAAGGAGAGAAGCAACAGCAACCUGCAGCACAGACCCAGGAGGAGCAGCAGGAGAGGGAGAGGAUGCUCAUGGAGAAGAAGAGUGAGGAGGAGACGGGAGGGAAGGUGGAGCUGAUGAAGGAUGAGGUGUUGAUGAAAGAGGGGGGAGGAAUCAAAUCUGUAACGAUGAAGAAUGAGGAGGUGGAGGCUCAGAGACCGAGGAGGAGGAUGGUCGGGCCAACAGUCAGAUACCUGCUAGAGUCUGAGCAGGUAGAGUCACAUGGGCCGACAGCAGCCAAUCACAGCAGAGCAAGGGAAGACAAAGUGAAGAGGAAGGUGGGGAGGCCGAGGAAAGAGCAGAAAGAGGUGGAGGAGGCAGUGGAGGAGCAGACAGAGAGCAGUGGGGUGGAGUCCCCAGGAGACACAGGAGCAAAGGGAUGGUGGCAGCUCUGCCAGGUGUGUGGCGUGAACCUCACCAGCCAGGCGUCUCUGGACCUCCACAUGUCCACGCAUGGACCAAAGCAAAUGUUCGGCUGCCACCUCUGCAGCAGGAAGUUCAGCUGCGCCAGCAAACUGCGCCUGCACCAUCGUUGCCAUCUCCAUGGCAGCGGAGAUGAUGGUCUGCACUGCAGCGGAGAUGGGGUGGGCCCAAGCAGCACCCAAGCUUCUGGUGACAAACAGGAAGGACAGGACAAUGACACCCAGAGUGAUGAAGACGAGGAGGAGGGUCCUGGUUGUUCGGUUGAGUCCUGGACCCUGAAAAUCAGGAGGGAGGAAGUCCAGGGGAAAGAUGGAGGGAGGCAGAUGAAAAAGUGCAGAGAGGAGGUGAAACAAGUCAGUGCAGAGGAGGAGGAGCUUGCUCAGAGGCCGAGGAGAAUGACGAUUGGCCCACCGAUCAGAUAUCUUGUAGAGUCAGAGGAGACAUCACGUGGUCCCGGAACAGACAAUCAGACCAAUCAGGAGGACGCUAACAAACCCACACCAAGGAGAAGAAGACCAAAAAUGGUCGCUAGCCUCAGUGAGGCUGGGGGCGGGAGUUCAGAGAGGACUGACAGGCCUGAGGCUGAAGAAAACAGUCACAUGGUCACAAUGGGAGGAAGAGAGGAGGAGGAGGAGCCUCAGAGGAGGCCAAUCUGUCCACCAAUCAGAUACCUGCUGGAGUCAGAGGAGAUGUCACAUGGUUCACAAACAGCCAAUCAGGGCAAAGAAAACAAACCCACAGGAAGGAGAAGAAGACCAAAAAAGGUUUCUGACCUCAGUGAGGUUGGGGGCAGGGAUUCAGAGGUGAUUGACGGGUGUCAGGCUGAAGCUAAAGAGAAACGUCACAUGGUUCAAAAGGCCAGAAGAGAGGAAGAAAAAGACGAGGAGCCUCAGAGGGAGAGGAGGACGGUCUGUCCACCAAUCAGAUACCUUCUUGACUCAAAGGAGACAUCACAUAGUUCGCAAGCCAAUCAGGAUGCAGAAAGCAAGCCCACAGGAAAGAGCAGCAGACCAAAGAAGGUUUUUGGCCUCACUGACACUGGGGGCAGGGCUUCAGAGAUGACUGACAGGCCUGAGGCUGACGCUAAAAAAAGUCACAUGGUUCAAAAGGCUAGAAGAGAGGAUGAGAAAGAGGAGGAGCAUCAGAGGCCGAGGAUGACGGUGGGUCCACCAAUCAGAUACGUUCUCGACUCAGAGGAGACAUCACAUGGUUUGCAAACAGCCAAUCAGGAUGCAGAAAAUCCCACACGGAGGACAGGGAGCCCACAAAAGGUGUCCGUCCACACAUCAAAACGAAUGUUCGGCUGCCAUCUCUGCAACAGGAAGUUCACCCGCGCCGGCAAACUGCUCCUGCACCAUCGCCACCAUCACCACAGCAACAGAGAUGGGGCGGGCCCAAGCAGCACCCGAACUACUGAUGACAAACGGGAGGAACAGGACACUGGCACCCCGUGUGAUGAAGAACAGGAGAAGACAAAGCCCCUCCUCACAGGGCCCACCAAGGCUCCUUAUUGUUCGGGAGACAUAAAGCGGGUGAGUAAAAAUCCCCGCUGGUUGUUUGACUACUGGACCCUGAAAGUGAGGAGGAAGGGAGCGCGGGAGAAAGAUGAAGGGAGGGGGACGAAGAGGUGCAGAGAAGAGGAUGAGGAGGAAAGACGAGCGAUGAAACAAGUCUGUGUGGAGAAGGAGCCUCAGAGGCCAAGGAGGACAAUGGUCGGCCCACCAAUCAGAUACCUGCUGGAGUCAGAGGAGACGUCAGAUAGUAAACAAGCAGCCAAUAAGCAGGCAGAAAGAAGACAAACGUCAGAAAAGGAUGAUGACCUCAGUGAGGCUGGGGGCGGGGCUUCUGAGGCUGAAGAUAAAGAGACAGGUCACAUGGUUGCAAUAGCAGAAAAAGAGAAAGAGGAGGAGGAGCCACGUCAGAGGCCGAGGAGGACAGUUGGCCCACCAAUCAGAUACCUGCUGGAGGCAGAGGAGACAUCACGUGGUCUAGGAACAGUUAAUGAGACCAAUCAGGAGGCAGCUAACAAAUACACAGGAAGAGGAGGAAGAACAGAAACGGCCAUUAGCCUCAGUGAGGCUGGGGGUGGGGCUUCAAAGAUGAUUGACAGGUCUGAGGCUGGAGAUAAAGAAAUGGGUCCCAUGGUUCAAAAGGCCAGAAGAGAGGACGAGCAGGAGGAGGAGCCUCAGAGGCCGAGGAGGACCGUUGGCCCACCAAUGAGAUACCUGCUGGACUCAGAGGAGAUGUCACCCAAUCAGGAUGCAGAAAACAAGCCCACAUGGAGAACAGGGAGACCACAAACGGUAUCCGUCCACAGACCAAAGCGAAUGUUCGGCUGCCGCCUCUGCAACAGGAAGUUCACCCGCGCUGGCAAACUGCUCCUGCAUCAUCGCCGCCAUCACAGCAACAGAGAUGGUCUCCAGGGCAACGGAGAUUGGGCGGGCCCAAGCAGCACCCGGGCUACUGAUGACAAACAGGAAGAACAGGACCGUGACGCCCAGAGUGAUGAAGAGCAGGAGGAGCAGCCUCAGAGGCCGAGGAGGACGACAGUCGGCCCACCAAUCAGAUACCUGUUAGAGUCAGAGGAGAUGUCAGGAACAGCCAAUCAGAGCACAGCAGUCAAACUCAUACAGAGGAGAGGAAGACCAAAGAAGGUUGUUGGUGGCAGUGAGGCUGGGGGCGGGGCUUCAGGGAUGAUCGACAGGCCUGAGGCCGCAGUGGCCACAGAGAGACAGACAGGUGUGCACACAGAAACUCAUCUGGUCUACAGAGAUCUGCAGGACAAUCAGGUGACCAUCACCCCCUGCUGCAUCAGGAUGCAGCGCCUCCUCUGAUUGGCUGUGAGAGCCUGUCAGUCUGGACUCAGGGCCGGUUCAGCACAUGAACAAACCCAAACACUUUUUUUAUUGUUAAAAUAUCAAAUCCAUGAUUUUAAUGAGAUUUUCCACUGCCGGCAGCUGUAAAUAUGUCUGUACACCUCUGACCUUUACGCUAAAAGGGCACACUUCAGGAGUUUUAUUGUGAAAACAUUGUUUUUAAGGAGACAGGUUUAUUUGUUCAGCAGUUAUAGUAAACAAUAAAAUCAAAU